AUGGCGUUGAUCAUUCAACCGAAUGCUGCGUUCAUGGUGCCGUUAAAGAACCAAGGACAAGAGAAGAAAGUUUACAGAGCUUACGAUUUAAACAUUCUAGGCUAUUCGGACAGUGAACUGCGUCGGCGUUACAGGUUUGGAAGGAGGUCUAUCGAGUAUUUGGUGGAUACUUUAAGAGACGAUCUUAAAAGACCAACAAAUCGCGGACACGCACUUACAGUAGAGCAACAAGUUUUAAUUGCCUUGCGAUUUUAUGCGAGUGGGAGUUUUCUCCAAGUGGUUGGGGAUACCUUGGGUGUGGACAAGAGUUGUGUUUCACGAGUGGUUAGAAAUGUCACUGAUGCCCUCGUUGCACGCAAGGACGCUUACAUUACUUGGCCAACCGACGCCGAGCACCUGCGUACUAUACAGAGUGGAUUCUACCAACUCGGAAGGUUAACAAACGUGUGUGCCAAGUGGCCAGGUGCCGCUCACGACAGCCACAUAUUCCGGACAUCUGCACUCUGUCAUCAUCUUGAGCAACACCACAGAAGGAUUGCUGACGGUUUCAUUUUAGGAGACAACGGAUACCCGUGUAGGCCUUUCCUCCUCACGCCCUACUUUAACCCCCAUGGACAACCAGAACAGAGAUACAAUGACAGCCUAUGUGCGACACGUGUGACAAUUGAGAGGACAUUCGGCAGGUGGAAACGACGUUUCCAUGUCCUAAACUCUGAGGUGAGGAUGGAACCAAGCCGAGUGUGUUGCAUUGUUGUUGCUUGUGCUGUCCUGCACAACAUUGCUAUUGACAUGUGUGAGCCUGAUGAUGACAGAGCCAACAUAGAUGAGCAGCCACCAGUUGAGGCAUAUGGAGGAAGACAUGAUGGCAAGGGGAUCAGAGAUCAUAUUGCUAGGACAUUUUUUGCACAAUAA